CGUUACUGGGUGACGCUGUAGGCAUAGGCUACGACACCCUCCACACCCAAUUUGUUUUCUAAAUAUCCCUUCCUCAAACCCAAAAAUCAAGUUGACAAAUCCUACGCACUUAAAUAAAAUAGUGACUAGCGUAUAUUGAAGUUCGUGCAAACCUACAUGACUGCGCAUUUCGCUGCGUAACGCAUAAGAAAUAAACAAAACCGGCUAAACAAGAUGUGGAAAGCAGCCACGGACGUGGCCGCGCCGGCUCCGGCGGAGGCCGACGACUGGGACACGGACCCCGACUUCAUAAACGACGUCACAGAGCAUGAGCAGCGCUGGGGGCCUGGCGGCAGAAACGUCGAAGCUAUAGACAUGGCGAAACUCCGUGAGGAGGUGCUGGAGGCGGACACAUUGUCUAAGAAGAAACAAUACGAGCAAGGGCCCAAGUCUUCUUAUGGUUACGGGGGUAAAUUCGGCGUGCAGGCCGAUCGGAUGGACAAGUCGGCCGUCGGCCACGACUAUAUUGGCCAAGUCGAGAAACACGUCUCUCAAAAGGACUACGCUCAAGGUUUCGGAGGUAAAUUCGGUGUCCAAACCGACCGAAUGGACGCCAGCGCGGUGGGGCAUGACUACAUCGGCAAAGUGGAGAAACACGAGUCGCAGAAAGACUACUCUCAGGGCUUCGGGGGCAAAUUCGGCGUGCAGACCGACCGCGUUGAUAAGAGCGCGGCCGGCUGGGAGCACCGCGAGCAGAUCGAGAAGCACUCGUCCCAGAAAGACUACUCCCACGGGUUCGGGGGCAAGUUCGGCGUGCAGGCGGACAGACAGGACGCCGCCGCCGUCGGCUGGGAGCACCGCGAGCAGGUCGCCCCGCACGAUUCACAGAAAGAUUACUCUCGCGGGUUCGGGGGUAAAUUCGGCGUGCAGACGGACCGGCAAGACGCGUCGGCGGUGGGCUGGGACCACCACGAGAAGGCACCAGCGCACGCCAGCCAGCUCGACCACAAGAAGGGUUUCGGUGGCAAGUUUGGCGUGGAGACUGACCGCGUGGACAAGUCCGCCCAUCGCUUCGACGAGGUCGGCAGUGUGGGCACCAACUACACCAAACAGAAGCCCGACAUCGGCGGCGCCAAGCCGGGCUCCAUCCGGGCCAAGUUUGAGAACAUGGCCAAGGAGAAAGAACAGGAAGCAUUGCAGUCUGUGCAGAAAAUACGCCAACAGAGGCUACAAACGGACAAGGAUUUAUCGCAAAAGGAAAAAGACCGGUUAGAGAAAGAAGAACGCGAAGCUCCCGUCAAACAAUCAGAGCCAGUCAGGCAACCGGACCCGGUCAGGCAGCCGGAACCGACCAGACAACCGGAACCGGUCAGACAACCAGAACCAGUGAGGCAAGCGGAAUCAGUCAGACAACCGGAACCGGUAAAACAACCUGAACGGGAACCGACACCGGAACCGGUUGAGGAGAAGGUUAACCUGCCGGACGUCACGUUGGUGCAGCCUAAAGAGAAAGAAGAGAUGGCUCGGCAGCCCACAAUAGUGAUGUCGCCGGUGGGCUGGGAGGGCGCGGAGGGCGGCGAGGCGGAGGAGGAGGACGAGGAGGGCUACACGGCGCGGGCGCUCUACGACUACCAGGCCGCCGCGCCCGACGAGAUCAGCUUCGACCCCGACGACAUCAUCACCAACAUCGUCAUGAUCGACGAAGGCUGGUGGCAGGGCAUGUGUAAAGGCGCGUACGGACUGUUCCCCGCCAACUACGUCCAGCUGCAGGACAAGUGAGGUGUAUACAUUCCUUUACCAAUAUAUUUAUCAACAUUAAUCAAACCCAUGAAACAUUGACAACAAGCGAAAUUCACUGACUACUAGGAAUGAAAAAACACUCCUUUAGUAUCGAAAUUGGACGUUAUUUUAUUUUGGGAAAAGGAUCCAACCCAAAAACGUCUGUCAAUAAAUUUUGAACUUACUGUUAAAACGAAAAAUCAUUCAUUUAAAUGGCAUACUUCAGUAUGGAUCCUUUUUGCUAAACCAUGUCCAAUUGGAUUGUUAAAUAAAAGGGUUUAAUCGGGUAAUUUUCAACUUACCUACCUCCGACGUCUCGUGACCGACAUUGCCCUCUUGGUCUAACCUAACAGAAAGGUUGCCCGUAGGUGGUUUUAAAAUGUAUUACUCGGCUGUGCGACGGAAAGGAGGGUAAUGGGUUUAUUACGCGAUUUAGUCCUGCCUUAUUUUAUAACUAUAUGAAAUAACCGUGAAAAUAUUAAUCACUACCUAUAUCGAAAUUUUACAUCAAAUUUCUAUAAAAUAUAAACGAAUUGAUUAACACUCGUAAUGCCCCAUUUAUUGUUAACAUAAUAAUAUUAUUCCAAUUGAAUUCAUUUCGUGCACUUAUUGACUUUGUAUCAUACUAAUUUUAAGUAAAUUCUUCAUCUUUUUAAUUUAGUGUAAGAGUUAUUGUUAUCGCAUAGACUUUAUCGUAAGUCGGGCUCGAGAUUAAAUACUGUACCUAUUUGGCAGUCAUACGCACACUAUUAAUACUCGUAGGUACAG